AUGCCGGAACGCGCUCAAGGUUGCGACAAGAUGCUCGAACGCGACGGAACGGCGGAACACGGUGGUGAUUGCGACAUGAUGGAACACAACAAUGAACGCCACACGGCAGAACACAAUGGAGGGCACAACAUGGCAGGACACAAUGGCGAUCGCGACAUGGCCGACCGCAAUGGCGGACCCCGAACAAUACUCAAUGAGCGCGUUCUUGUCGAAUGGAAAGACACAGAGACGGAUCAGGUCGUUACUCUCGGCUCGCUCUCCUCCUUCAACAAGAUGGAGCAGAAGCUAUCGCUCAAAGUCAACUUGGACAAUGACGACGACAAAGGUCAGGGCAUGGUUGAGUUUUCCAUGGAUGUACGCGUUCAGAUCGCCGGUCGCAAGCGACGAGAAAUGGAAUUCUCCAACAUCAUUCCACUCUCUACCGUGUUCUCCUCUGACUUGCCGGUCUUUUCCUACGAAUCCUUGCAAGCUUCUGAAAUGGCUGGCCCAGUCGUAUCCGCCCUCGAGAAUGCUGGUCUCUCGGAAUCUGGCCUUGUUCUCCGUGCCCAUUUCUGCCUGCACGACGGUCCUGUCCACACCCUAGUACCUAAGACCAACGCUAAGAACAUCAGGCCCAACAGUUCAACCUCGCGCGACUUGAUCCUUGGCUUCAAGUCCUUCUCGCAGGCUCGCACGUUCUGCGUCUACUUCAAGCCUAGCGACUGUGCGAGGCAAGGGCUACUGGCCAUCACCCAACGCCUGCGCAACCACCGUCCGGUAAACGACUUUCCUCUCGCAGACUUGUGCGACGAACUAGAUGUUCAGCCGGUGAACUGGACCGCUCUGGGACUUGACCAAGAGGAACAUGGCGAGAUUCCACCUUCGUAUUGCGUAGAAUGCAAGCGGACGCCAGAGGCGAAGCAAGAGCCACAGCGCUUUAAAGAUUCUCUUGGGUUUGGGUUGGGCCCCUCACAGCAGAUGCUACCCUCUUUGUUCGAACGGCAUAACAGUGCGAUUCCAGAAACUCCGCUCUGGAAGGCCUACAAUGAAGGCCCUGUCCGUGAUGAAGUCAGCAACAACGGUCGCAAUAAUGUUUCAAGCAAGCUCAACUUUAACCAGCAGCAAACCUCAGCUCAUGUUACUUCAACCACUCUCGGAAAGCGCAGUGCGCAUGAGCGGUCGCAAAGUCUCAGUAACCAGCAAGCAGAAGAAGCCGCAAUCGCAAAGCGCCGCCGUGUCCAGCUGCGUCUCGACGAGCCGCCAAAAGACGACUACCCACUGCUGAUCGAGCUAACCCACUGGCUGCAACACGCCUCGCUCACCAACAUGCAUGUCAACGAACACCCUCAGCUGCAGCCCUACCUGCACGCGCUGGGGCAAUACGCGCGCCUUGACGACAAAGACGCCUUCACUGCCGCGCGCGCCUCCUGCGCCGCCAUCUUCGCCUUCGAUCCGUACAACGAGAUGGCUGCCCCAGUGUUCCAGCAGCACGACGAACAGCAACAGCGCGACCAACUUCACCUGCAGCAACAGCGCGAAGAACACUCGGCCGCCUGCGCCUUCUUCAUCGCAGACAUGCGCCGCUUCGUACUCUGGGCCUUUGGCUUCGACCCCCGCGCUGAUGUCGACCUUCAGCCCUUGCUGUUCGAGCUCGGCAGCGAGGCGCGUAGGGCUGUGCGCGAUGCUGUGGCCAACCCGGCUGGACGUCGCGGACAGAUGUUCGCGGAUGCACAGUAUAGUCGCAUCCGCAGACGCAGGCGCACGCGGAUCGAUACCGACACUAACCCCGAUACUACUACCGCAGAAAACGCCGUUACCGUUUUCGACGAUAGCGAGCAGAGUGAAGAGAGCGAGUAUAGCAUCGCCUCCCUACGCGCGAAGACAGACGCGCUGUACCAGCAGCUGCUAGGCGGUGAUGGUCUUGAGGAAGAGGAGGCGGAGGAAGGGCGUUUGGGGCCGAGGGCUAGUGGUGAUGGCGUUGCUAACAAGAGUAUAGAAACUAGCGUAGUUCGCUACGACCACGCCGGGGAAGACUAG